AUGGAGGAAACUUCAACACCCACAAAGACAACCAUUUACCCACUGCACAUGUUCGAUUACACCAACUUGAAUCGUAACAUCGUACAAUGGAUAUUCCGGUUCAACGACAUUCUUGACCCUGAGAAACUAGAGUCUGCCUUAGUAAAACUGUUAAGCACUGGCGAUUGGAGAAAACUGGGUGGACGAUUAAGACGCAAUAAUGUAAAAAACUACGAGAUCCAUGUUCCAAGUCACUUCUCCAAGGACAAACCGCCAGUUUGUUUUGUUAAUGAAUUUAUGACGAACACCAAGAUCGGGGACCACCAAGUGGCUAAGCAUUUACCCAAAUAUGCCGACCAGCCAUUUGUGCAGAUUUGCGCCGUAGAUUGGCGUUCACUGUCACCUGAAAUGCCAACCUUCAACAAUAUGGUUGACUCUGACUCCCCUCUUAUUUGGAUUCGUGCGACAAUUUUCGAAGAUGCUACCGUCCUCGGCAUUGCAUUCUCACAUGUGAUUAUGGAUGCGGCUGCCGGACAAUGUCUGCUGCGUGCAUGGUCCUCAAUUUUAAAUCAAGCUGAAGCUAAAAUCCCAACUGUCCUCGGGGCAAGAGCGGACGUGCUGGAGGCCAUUGUGGAUAACCAUUCUUUUGCUAAGAAGAAUGAUAAGGAUGCUCACGGUGAUAUCCCAGAGAUGUGCAUAAUAGAAAAACGCCGGGUAGCUGGACUCGGGUUCUACAUGUGGAUUUUCCUACAUAUCUGGGAGUGGUUCACGAAUCCGGCAACCAUGGGGAUGCUUUGCUUACCUUCUCGUACGGUCUCAGCACUGCGUCUAAAAGCUGAAGGCAAUUUGACUCCAGGUACCUUUGUCAGCGAUCAUGAUAUCUUAACAGCAUGGGUCGUUCAUUCAUCAGCAUUAUCUGAGUCAGCGAUUAGACCUUUGUGUGUGGUACAAGCUGCAAACCUUCGAUAUCUAAUACCUUCGUUAGUGCAACAGAACGGAGUGUACUUACAGAACCUAAUAAUUGCAGCCUGGAUAUUCUUUUCUUCCAAAUAUACGCAGGCAUCGCUUGGGGAGAUAGCCUAUUCUAACCGCGAACAAUUUCUCGCGCAGACCGUCGACGAGCAGAUGAUUGGCGCGUUGAUCACAAAGCGAGACGACAUUCGCAAGAAUGGAAACCCUUGUCUCGUUUAUGGCGAAACAAAUGUCAACGUCCUCAUUAUGAACAAUUUGACGAAGCUACACAUAAUGCGUGAGGUGGACUUUAGUUCAGCUGUUAUCCGUCAAGGAGAAAAGACGGAAAAUCGUGUAAAUCCACCUGGUUCUAUGGUUGGAUUCAUAACUGCUAGUAAACAAAGCGUACGUGGGCCGAGUCUUCUAACUGUGACCGGAAAGGACUACGGAGGCAAUGUUUGGCUUUACGGCGCUCUAAGAAGGAAAGUUUGGGCAAAGCUUGAAGACGACUUAAGGCGAUUGGAUUAUAACUAA